AUGACCACCAAUGUGACCACUGCCGUCGUCGGCACUGCCUCCGCAGCGGCCGCCAGGCGCGGACGGCAGCUCGACCCUCUGACUGCGGGACUCAAGGAGCUCACAUUCCGCGAGCUGGCCGCUGCUGCAGAGACUCUGGCCAAGACAAGGGUCACAGACGGCAACCUAUGGAGCAGGCUUUGCGACCGACUCAAACCGGAGCUCAAAAGCGUCCACCUAGGGGAGGCGUUGCGCGUAGUGCAUGCGCUGGCUAAGGUGCCGUACAAAAAGAUAUCGUUGAUGAACGUAGUUGAGAAGUUGGUGCUGCAGCGACAUCAUGCCGUUGGCUCCAGGGCUCUCACGCAGUACUUCAUCGACGUCACUCGGCUGCAGUACAUUGAGCCGAACACGUUCCAGGCGGUCGUGCAAUCGAGGAUUGACGACCUCGACGAGUUCUCCGCAUUCGACCUCUGCUUCCUGCUACACGUCGCGGCGAAGCUGAGACUCGCGGACAGCGCCAUAAUCGACAAAGUAUCGCAUGAAAUAUUGAAUAACGAUGACAAAUACGAUGUAGUAUGCAAGGUGAGGUGGAAUCCGGUCGAUCACACCCUGCACCAGGACAAGGCGCUAGUGGCGAUGGUGAUUCGUUCCCUGGCCUUCCUGCAGCACCGGAACCGACUAUUCCAAAAGCUCGUAUACUCGCGCCUGCCAGGGUACAUAUACACUUUGGGGCCUCAGGAGAUGUGCAACGUUGUUUUCUCCCUGGUGGUGGCGCUUCAGGACGAGGAAUAUGGGCCCGAAGCCACGAAUAUUGUGAAGGUGCUGCUCGACCGAGUGUCGACGCAUCUGCGUGACCUCGUGGACAUUGAAGUCAACCAGCUGUGCAUCAGCCUCUUCAACCUCAAGCACAAGCUCAAGCCGUUCGAUGACAAGUACCAGGUGCUGCUGGACGACAUUGUCACACUAAACCUGACAUUCCCGCCAAGCACCUCAAAAAUGCAAUACAAAAUAGCCAGGCUGCUGGACGAUCUGAAGGUCAAGCACAAGUCGGAGCAGAGGAUUGGGCCGUACGUCAUGGACUACGUGCUACCGCAGCUCAAGGUUGCGAUAGAGGUCAACGGUUAUUCGCACUUCUACCACCAGACCAAGGAGUUCCACGCAAUUACAAGGCUGAAGUACCAGAUUGUCAGGUCACUAGGCUGGAAGGUGCUCAGCGUCAACUACUUCGACUGGAAGAACCGGUCAAGACAGCGAAAGCUGGAAUACCUGGGUGAACAGCUACAGGAACUGCUUCGCGACGAGUCCUAG